CGCUUCGAUAUAAAACCAUUCCAUUUCGCGUUUUUGUUAAAGCAUUCUUUACCUCUUCUCUCUCUCUCUCUCUCUACGCUUUCUGAUUCGAGAUCCUUCAAGGGAUCCACUAGCUGAAGGAGAAAUGGGGUUGACAUUCACCAAGCUUUUCAGUCGGCUUUUUGCCAAGAAGGAAAUGCGAAUUCUGAUGGUUGGUCUUGAUGCUGCUGGUAAGACCACCAUCCUGUACAAGCUCAAACUUGGAGAGAUUGUUACCACAAUUCCUACAAUUGGGUUCAAUGUGGAGACUGUGGAAUACAAGAAUAUUAGCUUCACUGUUUGGGAUGUUGGUGGUCAGGAUAAGAUUCGUCCCUUGUGGAGGCACUACUUCCAGAACACACAGGGUCUUAUCUUUGUUGUAGACAGCAAUGACAGGGACAGAGUUGUUGAGGCCAGAGAUGAGUUGCACAGGAUGUUAAAUGAGGAUGAGCUGAGAGAUGCAGUAUUGCUUGUAUUUGCUAACAAACAAGAUCUUCCCAAUGCAAUGAAUGCUGCCGAAAUUACUGACAAACUGGGUCUCCACUCUCUCAGACAGCGCCACUGGUACAUUCAGAGCACUUGUGCAACCUCUGGGGAGGGUCUUUAUGAGGGUUUGGACUGGCUUUCCAACAACAUAGCCAACAAGGCUUAAUCCUUUUUCGGAGUCUUCAUAUGGAUUGGUAAUUCUGGAUGCAGGGGUGAAUAUUAUCUAGUUUGUUUUUGGUCCUCUUUUGCGACAAAUUGGAUUUGUAUUCCAUGUUUUGUGGUUUAGGACAAUCUUGAUGGCUAAAUUUAUAGUAGGAUUUUAUUUCAUGGGAUGUCUAAUACUUUUGAGCUUUUUAUUUGGCUUUGGAUUCAAUGUUUAUAACUCUAAUGGAUACCAAUUCAAUGCGCCAUCAUCCCAUUGGGUUUUUAUUGUUUUAUUUUUAUCUUAUUAUAAGUAUUGUAGUGAUUGAUACAAAAAAUAAAGAAAAAAAAACUAGAAAACUUUCUCUCUAAAAUUAACAUUUAAAAAUUCGUAGUUUAUUCUUGAACACGAGCUGGAUGAUGCUGCCAUGUUUACAUCUUUCAUUGACAUAGUGGUCCUUGCCAAGUAUCAUAUUUUCAGACGACCCCGUACAGUACUUAUCCCUUUGUAGUUCCACUAGCGGAUAUUGCAUCCUUGUCUUAGAAUAGAAACACAGUACUAUUUUCCGAUUAUCACC